CCUUGCCACACACACGUAUGCAUGCAUGCUUGCUACACGUCCUUCAUUAGCCAUUUCUUCAUUCGUCUCACCUCACGCGCCGUCACCUCUCUGCACAGAGUCUCCCUCCCUCUCUGUCCACACGCCGUCCGUCCGUUCGUCGGGCUGGCGGGCUGGCGGGCUGGCUAUCACGCGCAAAGCCACUCAGUCAGUCGUCGUGACGCAGGCAGGCAGGCAGAAAUGGGCAACACACACACUCUCUGCGACACACACUUAGCUACACACCGAGACACACGCGCGACACAGUAAACGACAGACAGGGGCCCCGAGGCAGGCGCACGCAGGACAACACAGCACAGCACAGCACACAGCACAGCUCAGCUGGCAUCGUGGCUGUGUGUGCGUGCUGGGUGAGGUGAGUGGGUGCCAGUGGGUGAGGGGGGGCGGGCUGCCAGUCCCCAACUCGUACGGACACACGGGUACAGAGCGAUAUGACUGACAUGAGGUCGAGAGAGGGAGGAGUGUACGAGGGAUUGCAGCAAAUACACAAGACGAACAACAAACAGGUGUCUUCCCAAUAAAUCCAUAACACACAGAGAGGUCUAUGGACGUAUGGCCGGCCAGCUGUAAGAAGGAAUCAACCGAUGGAUGGAUGGAUCUUGACGGGUGUAGGCAUGGCAUCGCACACACACACACACAGGCAGGCAGGCAGGCACACUGGUCGACGGAUGGAUGGAUGGGUAGCUUGAUUGAUAAAAUGGUGGGCACGAAUGCGCUGACGCAGGCAAGCAAAAGGGACACACAGCCCCCUCCCACCCACCUUCACAACACACACACACACACACACAUUGGCUGACUGACUGGCUGACAUUGGCACACAAACAUACGUAAGCAAAGGGGCGGGGCGGGUGGAUGGGGAGGGGUCCAUCCAUCCAUCCGUGGAGGCGAGGCUGCCAAUCGAUCAGCGGACAUUAUCUGCUAUGAAGUUGAUGAAGCGCUCUGGCGUGCAGAAGGGCACACAGCACACAUAGCGCGAGAAUGAUCAUAUGUCUCUGGUGUGGUGUGUGUAUCGGUCGGUGUCGUACCUACCGGCAUACUGUGGCGGCGGGACGCACGAGAUGCCUUUGCGGUCAUAGCGGACGGACUUGACGGCAUACUCCAGGAUCUUGCGAUUGCUGCACACACACACACACACACAAACACAAACACAAACACAAAGAAACAAACCACACAGCAUUCACUCGUGGGCCAAGAUGUGUGUGUGAGUCGGCUCCGUCGCUCACUCGUAGAGCGUGAGGAAGUCGAUGAUGCCCAGGUAGUAGAUCUGCUUCUCGUCAGACGACAACAUGCCGCCGCAAAACUCCUGCUCACAGGAACCACAAUCCACAAAAUACAUUGACACAUUGACCCAUGCCGGCGGAGAGAAGUAUAUGUUAUGUCCCCCUGUGUCUGUCUCCACUUGUCCCCUGCUCAAAGCUCACCUCAUGGAAGGGCACCCUGGGUCCGGGCGGUCUCCCCUGCAAGAUGGCCUCGUUGUCGGUAUCGUCGCCUCCCCCGUGUGGCUGAGACGACCCCCCGCCCUCUCUGGGCGUGUAGACGGCAUCGCCGGCUCCAGACGCCGACGCACCGAUGUUGGUGGACGACCCUGGGGAGGAGCGGAAUGGCGCCACGGCCAUCAUGCCACGGGUGGGCGUGUGGGACGCCUGCACGCGGCUCGCCGGCGUGUCUGACAGAGGCAGCUCCUCGGGAUUCGUCAUGUCUAGUGACCACAGCCACCAACACAACACACGGAACAAAACAAUGAAUGAAUGAAUGCACACCGAGCGAGAGAGGGUGUGAGUGGGUGUACCUCCCUACCUCUGUCGUGUAUGCCGAGCAGCAGUGAGUAGUCGAUGAUGUGGUGGUCUUCGAGGAAGUGGGCGUCGCUCGUCAACUGGGACACCAGCGCGGCACGACGCUCGGAGCCCAAGUUCAACUGAACCAACCAAUAUAAUGGAGGACGGGUCGGUGCGUCAAGGACACUCCUUGGUCGUGUGUACCUACCUACCUGUUCCCUGCGGACUCUGAAGUCGUUGUCUUUGAGUGCGACAGUCCGGUCUGGCGGGUCGCCGAGCUUCUCGGGCCGCGUCGACCGCCCCACCCAGGAACCCUUCAGGUCGUACCUGACACAUACAUCCACUCAUUGACACACACAUACAAGGGCUCAUCCAUCGGGGGGUGGGGUGAAAGCCAUGAUGCACUUCUUAACCACAAGGCGCACCUCCGCUGUAUCUCGACGGGCGUGUUGAAGAAAUUGCCCAUCACCACAAAGUACAGCUUGACCACCUCUGCAGCACCAACAAGGACAAGGAAGGACGACCCGCCAGAGACGGACGGACGGGCAAAUCGAUGACUCUCCCUCCUGCGUCUAGGCAGAUGGAGUGUGCGCUAAGUUACUUGUGCUAACGAAGGUCUUCUUGGUCAACCUCAGGCCGUGCAGCCCAUAGAACCUCCACACACCACACACAAAGACACAAACGUCUCCCUCUGUACGUGUGUGUACUUGGCUCCCUCCCUCCUUCGCUCCCUCCCUCCCUCCCUCCCUCACUUGCAGAGCAGCGUGUGUGGGUUUGCCCUGAGGUAUGCGUAGUAGUCCUUGAGGAGGCUCCUGAAGAACCGCGCCUCUGCGGGCGUCAUGGUCUUGAUCAUGAACCGCCCGUCGGCCGUGUAGUAGAAGAACGCGCCGCUCUUGCCCUCACUCGACAGCUCAGACAGAGACGACAGGUUACCAAGCACCAUGUUGCCCUGCCAGGCGGGAGCCAAUUAUGAUAUGAUUGCCGACCGGUACACGCACGCAGAAGACAUGUGUUGUGAUGUGAUGUGUUGUGGUGUGGUGUGGUGUGGGUUGCUGACCAUGAGUUGCUCCGGUCCGACGGACCGCAGGUACUCGUCUGCGUCGACGCCAAACCUCUCCCGAAUCUUGCGAAACACAAAUGGCGCGUAGUCGAUGAAACGCGUCACCUGAAUCAACCCAUACAUACAUACAUGAGAGACGAUGCCCCCCACCCACCCACCCACACACACACAAACGCAUCUCCUGCCCCUCUGUCUGUCUGUCUGUCUGUCUGUCUGUCUGUGGCGCUGACCGUGAAGCUCUUUGCUGCCGUGUCGAGUAGGUGUCCCAGCCGAGGUGCCAGGGUGAGCUUCUCCUUCAUCUCAAAGUCAGCCGACAUGAUCUGCCGGUUGGGGGCGUUCUCGAUGCUACCCACUCCCUGACGGAUACCCAACAUCAUGUUCAGAACCUGCACACACACACAGAGACAGACAGAGGGAGUCAGGCAGGCCCCACUGACUAGGACAGAGGCAUGCACGUGACUGACCAGGUUCCAGUUCUCGUGGCCAAAGUGGAUGGCGAGCCCCUUCUUGGGACCCAGCAACCGGUACUGACGCUGAGUCCUCCUCCGGUGCCGCCGAUCUGCACACGCACAGACAGAGAGGGAGGGAGGAGGGAGGGAUGGCGGCGACGGGCUGGCUGGGUCGAGUGCACAGACGGGCGGGGGGGCGGAUGGAUCAAUGGAUGGAUGGAGGGACGUACCUCUCCUUGUGCCGGUGGGGAUGUUCUGCAUCACCGAGGCCCUCCUGAGGGAUGAAGCAAGCAAGGAAAGCCAGACAGACGGCAGUGUGAUGCAGUGCAGUGCAGCCCAUGCAGUCAGCCCCAUCUCCGUCCAUCCUUACCCGCCGGUGCCGCCCAUCCACCCGGUACUGACAUGCAUAGGCCCACACCCACACCCACAGGUGAACCACAGAUACAUACCAACAGUGAUGUCCCGUUGUGGUGCGUUGUAUGGUGUGGUGUGGUGUUGUGUGGUGUGGCGGUGUGUGGUACCCACCCUGCUCGGUCGACGGGCAUGGUGACGCUGCCGGGGCCACCCCGCACGUAUGCCUCGACGGCAGGCGAACGGACAGACUGCACCAGCCAGCCAGCCAACCGAACAGACAACAAACAGCACACGUGAGGCACAUGGGUGGGUGGUGUGGUGUGCAUGAUUGUUUUGUGUGGGUGGGUUGGGUGGGGAUGAGGUGCUUACGGGGUCAUCGAUGUCGUUGAGGUCGAGGGGGAGGCCCGCACGGCCGUCGGGGAAGGACACCUUCACCUGACGCAUACUGACACCACACACAUAAGCACACAAGAACGGACCCGGUCCUUCCCUCAGAGUGGCAGAGUGGUGUCCGUCUGUCUGGCUGGCUGGGUAGGUGGCUCACGUGCUCGUGUCGGGCUCCCCUUCCUCCCUCUCUAGCGAUUCUCGCCGACUACCAAGCCUGCACCAGCCAACACACAGACAGACAGACAGACGGACAGACGAGAGAUGGACGGGCCGACGACAUUGAAUGUCCGAUUGCCCGACCUCGAUGCGGGCAGUGAGGAUGUGGUGUCUGAGAUGCGCGUGUCCUUCGACACGACCGGGAGGUUGGCGGGCGGCUCCACAGCCACGACGCCCGAGUCCGUCAUGACGCCCUCCACCGCCACGGCAGAGGGCGAGUGGCCCCGGUCCAGCCCCGCAAUCCCAUACGCAGGAUGCUCGGUGCUCGACGACUCGUCCACCGUCCUGACUCAUGGACGGACGGAUGAAUGCAUGCAUGCAUCACAGCGACAGACACCACUACAGCGUGACGAUUAGUUGCUCGGCCGUGUCCCCCCCAUCUAUCCAUCCCUACAUCCAUCCCUCUGUCUGUCUGUCUGUCUGUUGUGCGGUGCAAUAUGGCUGGUCGGGUGCCUUGCCUUACGGUUCUCUGUCGAUCAUGUUGAGGAGGGCCAGGACCUUCUGCUGCAGCCUCAGCAUGUAUUGGGUGUAGCGCGGGUCCAUACGGCCAGGAGGGGCGCUGAAACGACCAGCAUCGCCCGCAUCCUGGGACGGCUCGGGCGGCUGCAGGGGGGUGGGGGCCGGCCUUUGGGGCGGCAUGGUCAGCCGCUCAGUCGGCUUCACCACCUGCGUCAUGGCCUGCGGGGUCAGCGGGGGCACCUCUACCUGCAGAAAGCGCACGUACGACACACAGACAGACAAGACUCCCUUCUUGUUAUCUCCGGACAUCCAUCUCUGUCUGUCUGUCUGUCUGUCUGUUGUGGGCCGACCUUGGCUUUUGUAGGAGCCCUCUCUGCGCCAGGUUCGCCCUCGCCAUCGCUCCUCUCCCUCUUGACGGGGAACCGCAUCGGCUCUGCAGUUGUGGCGGCCAUGCCCACCACAACCUCCUGCGGCUUCAAUCCUGGCGCCCUCACCACACCGUCACGGCCGCCCGUUUUCCUUGUGUCCUCUUGCCUCUCCCCGUCCUUGACACGCGCACCACUGGUAUCACCAGGAGGGGCAGGAAGGGCCGCGGCCGUCGUGACAGGCAGCUUGUUGUUGGCCUCCUCGGCCGCUGGUGGCUUCUGCCCGUCCUGCAUCGACCCCGACCCGCCUAGGAUGGUGGUGAGCGACGUCAUCAGCCCAGACGUGACCACAAACGUCGACGGGUAGUCCUCGGCCUGCGACCCCGUGCCCUCGACGGGUUCGGGCGGCGUAAGGGCAGUGGUCUCUGGCGGCCGUGCGGGGGAUGUGGUGGGCGCCCGAGUCGAACCGGUGCCGGGCGGCGGCGACCUCGGGGCCGAUACUGCGGGCUGGUCGAGGUCGCCUGUGUCUGACAGGGGCGGGAACAGAGGCGCCAGGACGGGUAUGGGGCUGGACGUGGUGAGGGAGGGAGAGGGGGGGCAGCUGGACUGGGCGGCGGGGAGCAGAGGAAGAGCGACGGGGGGGGAGGGCGUGGGGCCCGCUGGGGGCUGUUGCUGGGGUGCUUCUUGUUGCUGCGGGGGCCGGUCGUCGGCCUCGGGCCUCUCGUGAGGAAGCGCCUCGGGCGGGACGACCAACGGAGGGUGUCGAGCGAUGCACACAGGCCAGCAAGACCACUGCAGACAGACAGGUCAACCAACCAGUCAAUCAACCGACAGGCAUCCAUCGCAUCCACCGCACCCCCCAGCCACCUGACCUGAGGUUUGCGUGGUGGCUUGGUGGCCCCACCCAUCGACACUGCCAUCUCUCCUGCCUCAUGCCCAUCGUCACCACCGUGGCCCUGCUGCCCCACGGGCGCGAGAGCCUGUCGGAGGUAGUCUGCGAUGGCCUGGUCGAGCCGCUGGUCCAGUCCCGCUUGGCGCAUCCAGCCCGUGUUGAAGGUCAGCGAGCUGCGCAGCGUGCCAUUGCUGGCGGCGAGGGACCCGCCGCUGCCGUAAGUGCCCUUGCUGUGGCCGGGGCCGCCCGAGGAGGACUGCUUGGGGUCAGAUGACGACCCGUAGGGCUGUGAGGUGCCAUUGGAUGACGAGAAGGGGUAGCUGGAGGUGUAGUUGUAAUCUGAGCCCCCGCCGACGCCCGCCCCUGCCUCGCCAUAGAGUGAGACGAAGGGCACCGACUCGGUGGGCCGCCUUUGGGGGGGUGGGUGCCGUUGCGGGACAGGUUGUGGUUGGGGGGUCUGUGGUGUGGCAGGGGGUGCCGAGUGGGCGGCCGGCGGCUGGGGCGACGCCAUCUGGGAGGCGCCUACCGAUGCCGUCUGCAGGCUGCUGUCGGGCCGCCGGUCGCCGCUGUCCAUGCGGAACAGCACGGCAUUUGCGUCAAGAAAACCUGUGCUCACCUGGUCACAGUUCCAACACAGAUAGGUACACGAACCCAUCAAUCCAUCCAUCAAUCACUCUUGAAAGGCUGUCGGUGCGUCCGUCCGUCCACGAGGUGCGUACGUACCAUGUUAUCGACAGUUUUGGUGAGGAGGUCCCUGAUGGCGAGGAGUUCGUGUCGGAUGUACCUCAUGCGGCCGCUCUCCCGGGGCGUGUCGGUGGAGAACCGCGGCGACACGGCCAGCAUGCCGUCGCGGCCGAACUGGGCUGUGGGGUCGCGCAACAACCCACUCACGCCGGGGGUGCCCGGAGAUACACCCACUCCUGAACCAAACAACACAACCAGCCCACCGACAUGACAUAGAGGCGGGGUCGGUCCGUCGGUCGGUCGGUCUGUCUGUCUGUGCCAGAGAGUGAGUGUCAUUUGUGAUGACGGACCGCUUCGCUUGUUGGGGCUCCUGGCAGCGCGGGAAGAGCUGAAGCCAAAGGGAAGGACACCUGACAAAUACAUAUGAGACAUACAGCCACACAGGCGGGGAAAAGGGGCGUGCCGCGCUCCAAUUGUCGGUGCGCUCGCUGCUCACCGAGAAGAGCCAAGAACUCCGGGCUAUGCUUGACCGCAUUCUUGUAACUGCAAUCGCAGAAUCAAACCAACCAAACCAAACCAAAGGAAUGCAAAGCAACGCAGCGAACGAAAUACACAGCAGCCCACUGCACGUGCAGAUCUGUCUCUCUGUCUCUCUGUGUGUGUGUGUGUCACCGACUCUUCGAGUGUCAUUCUGAGCUUGCCGUCCUCUCCCGGGCUGGCAAGACGCAUGAACAAGUGCUGCAUGUUGACGUCCGACAAAUCCACUGACCAGCCCCAUCGAUCGAUGGAUGGAUGCCAACACAAACAGACAGACAGACAGAUGGUGCGCUCGUUGUCCAACCAUUCGUUGUGUGCAGUGUAGACGUGCAGGUCAGUCAGGUUGGUAUGGUGUUUACCUACCUUCGGGUCUGCCAGGCACAAGUGACGAUAUGGUCGUGUCGACGCACCGCACCAUGGCCUUGAAUUCGUCAUAUGUGAUGAAGUUGGGGUCCAUCCCACGCUCAAUCACCACAACCCCACCCCGACUCACACCGCCACCACCACCACCACCACCAGCACCAGCCGCAGUUGUCGUACUUGUGGCGGACACACCACCCUGUGUGCCGCUCGAUGGCACAUCUGGGGUGGACACGCUCCGUCGGGCGGAAAGGGCUGGCAGUACGCCGUUGCACCUCCCCUGCACCAGCUUCUCAUCGUCCCGUGAGUCCUUGUGCGGCAGCUCCUUGCCGUCUGGUGGAUGUGACGGCCCUCCAGCGGCGGCCUCAGCGGCAGCCCGCUGCUGCUGUGCCCGGUGGAGGCGGACACUGUUGGCGUUGAGGAUGCGGAAGGAGAGCUCGAGCUUCUCGUCCUCGCUGCCGCGAAUCAUUAUGCCCAGGGACGUCACAAACUCAAAGAAAUCAAGCUAAGGGACACAUAGACAGACAGACACAGAAAAGCAGAGCAGAGCAGAGCAGACACAGAUUCGCUCGGUCGCUGAUGAGAUCGACGGACUGACAAGCAGCGCUAUGAGUGCAGCCUCCCUGAUUGCCUGUCUGUCUGUCUGCCUGUCUGGGUACGUCAGUCGAUCUGUCGCACGUGUAGAGCCCAUGUGCUUGUGUCGAUGUCUGUGUGUACCUCUCCGUCAUUGUUUUGGUCGAAAGCCUCGAACAUGCUGUCGGGCAGGAAGGGGUCGUCGAGCAUGCCCAGAUACCCAAGUGUUUCCCGAAAUCGGGCCUUGCUCAUGUGGCCCGUCGGGCAGAUGCGGCGGAACCUCGCGUAGAGCGCCUGAAUCUCCUUGGGCGUGAAGCGGUCCUGCAUCUCUUUGCGCACCUUCUGCAGGGUCUCCACAUCCACGCGACGCGGCACAGGCGCAUCAGCCGCCGGGUGGUCGUCGACGACGCCACGGACGCGCCGACAGCUGCCCAGUCCACACGACAUCGACUGACGGUAGGCCGCCGCCUGCUAUGGCGGUUCCGGCAAGUUGAUAGAAAGAAGCCUGGCAAGCUGAGUAGAGGGCCAAAUCACAACAAGUGGAGCACAGCUGCUUCCACAACGACGGCAGCCCUCCAAUCCUUCUCAAGAGAAGAAAAUGACGUUUCCA